UUAUGGUCUUGGUGGAUCUUCUAUGGCUCUUUUCGGCAGAGUUGGGGGAGGCAUCUAUACAACAGCUGCUGAUGUUGGUGCUGAUCUUGUUGGCAAGGUUGAGAGGAAUAUCCUUGAAGAUGACCCAAGAAAUCCCGCAGCUGGGGCUUCGGAGCAUGCUAGGACCCUUGGCCCCAAAGGAUCAGAGCCCCACAUGGCUGCCAUGAUAGGUGACACCAUUGGAGACCCUCUCAAGGACACCUCUAGACCCUCACUAAACAUCCUUAUCAAGCUCAUGGCUGUCGAAUCUCUCGUGUUUGCACCGUUCUUCACUGCACAUGGAGGCAUCCUCUUCAGGAUCUUCUGAGAAGAGAUGCCAGCAGGGCAAUCCUGCACUUGAGGCUAGCAGCAUCUCCAUUCACCACCACAUGUGUCCACAUCUUAUCCUUUUUGCUUUAUUCUCUCUUCAAUUUUACUUGUUAUGUUUAGGCCUCUUUGUUUGCAUGUUAGUUUCAAGCUGUGGUUGAUGAUGUGACAGAGCUCCCAGGUCUGUCCAUGUGUGCACCCCUGGGACAGCCAAGUUUUUCUUAUGCUAGAUAG